AUGGCAGUGCCAUUACCAGCACAUUCACUUUGUCCACGCCAACCCGCACCCGCCAUCGGUCAACUCACCACCUUCACACUUCCCUCCUCCCCACACAUAGCACCCACUCCAGAAAACCGCGCCCUCGGCCACCAGAUGGUCCAAACAUGGCGGAAAGACGGCAUAUUCCAAAUCCAAUUAACCCCCGACCAGGCCUCCGCCCUCCGCGCUGCCUUCGUCCUCAGCAAAUCCUACUUCAAGCGCCCCCACCACGAAAAAGCGAAACACGUUGAUGACCAGAGUUUCAGUGGUUACAUUGCCUCGGGCGAAGAGCUCACAGAUGGCAUCGCAGACUAUUCAGAGAUCUUCACAGUCACCAAAGACCUCGCUCUCUCCGAUCCGCGCGUCCAACAAAAGUGGCCAUGUCACGGCCCAUGCCCAUGGCCAGACACCUUGUACGAAUCUGCCAUGAAACGACUCAUGGCCGUCCUAGGUGACUCUGGCGAGAAGCUCCUCCAGCUUACCGCGCUUGGCCUCAACCUCGCUAACCCCAAUGUAUUCACUGACCUCACGGACGACGGGUGGCACCAUAUGCGAGUCUUACGAUUCCCCGAGGCCGACAAGACCAAUGGCAAGGGCAAGCCAGGUCGUGGUAUUGGUGCGCAUACGGAUUAUGGGCUCCUGGUCAUUGCUGGACAAGACGACGUCGGGGGCCUGUUCGUCCGUCCGCCAACGGAUGGUGACACGUCGAGGAACUGGGAGAAGUACUCGGGGGGACUCAAGGAGGACCAACAGGAGAGCUGGUCGUUUGUUCCUCCAGUUGAGAACGUUCUCACCGUUUUCCCAGGCGACAUGAUGCAAUACAUGACAAACGACUACCUUCCCUCCACACCACACAAAGUUGUCCUCAACACUCGCGAGCGGUACGCUUUUGCAUACUUCCACGAGCCCAACUUUUCCUCUGUCGUCCAGCCCCUCCCGGAGUAUAGCCGUGACCAGGGCAAAGACGUUCAGGUUAAGGAUAAGGGCAUCCAGUACGGCACACACUUCACAGAAAUGUUCAUGCGCAACUACCCUGAACGCGUCACGGCGAAACGCAUGAAAGCAGAGAACCGCCUGGAUAUUUUGGGCAGCCCUUUGCUUAGACGCCAUGGAAAGACUAUUGCCGCGUCCACUUCUACUUUGACCCCAACGUUCCCUUUAACGUCGGCUAUCCCUCCGACCGCUGCUCGUCACCCCCACGACGCAGCCAGCAGCGUAUAG